UUUGUAGUUCUAGAAAUGUUGAUACUAUAAUUGUCAUCUAAUUUGUUGAUUAAAUAAUCAUUUGCUCUAUAAAAUAAUUAAUAAUUCUAAUUUCCCCAAAUGGAUGGGACACGUUGCUUACUUAUUGGUAAUAGUAGAUGAUAAGCAAUUAUAUAUUUAUUCUGAAAUAUUUGACUGCCUUAUAUCCUUUCUAUUGGUGGCCUAUUUAUAGAUAACCACCCUUUAGUCAAUGUUUCCCAUGCAGAAACUCCACCCUUAAGAAAAUAUACCCUUUUCAUCUAAUUCAAAAAAACUGAUUUAUUAGUUCCUUCCAAAAAGUUAAAACCCAGAAAAUAAAAAAUGGGAAGAAAACCUUGCUGUGAUAAAGAGGGAUUGAAGAAAGGUCCAUGGACAUCUGAAGAAGAUCAAAAGCUUAUUGAUUAUAUUCAGAAGUAUGGCCCUGGUAACUGGAGAUCUCUUCCAAUGAAAGCAGGUCUUGAAAGGUGUGGUAAGAGCUGCCGGCUACGGUGGGCUAACUAUCUCAGGCCAGACAUCAAAAGAGGAAGAUUUUCAUUUGAAGAAGAAGAGACUAUAAUUCAACUCCAUAGUAUUCUGGGAAACAAAUGGUCUGCAAUUGCUGCUAGACUACCAGGACGAACAGACAACGAGAUUAAAAACUAUUGGAACACUCACAUUCGAAAGAAGCUGCUUCGUAUGGGAAUUGACCCUGUGACUCACGGCCCUCGCCUCGAUUACUUUGACCUUCCUUCUAUGCUCUGCAGUCAACAGAACUCACCCCUGAUGAACUUGCCUGCUGUCUUACUUAAUCUGCAGAACCUCCUAAACCCUGAACUUCUGAGAUUAGCCACUUUACAAAAUGGUUUCCCAAACUUCAACAAUUCCCAAAACACAAUUCUUAGUAAUAUGCUAAAUAACAGCCCAGAUAAUCAAGUUCCUAGUGCACAAACUGUUAAUCAAGUUGAUCCCCCAAUGCAAAAUAUUAUUCCAUCUUUUGAUGAAUUGUUAGGCUCAUCCUCAACGGAUAACUCGGGUUUUGUAUCGAACAACAGUUACCAGAGUUUUAGCAACGGUAGCAGCUUCUCCACGGCGUUGUCGCCGUUGAGUUCAAGUCUUCUUCAUCCUAUUGAUUCAAGUCCCACUUAUCUUAACGGCAACAAGAGUACUGAAGAUGAGAUAGACAGCUACAUCAGUAAUGUAGAGAAGUUGUUUGAAAGUCCGGUUCUUUAAUUAAUGUUAUGUUGUACAAGUAGUAACUUUUUUUUUUUUUCUUUUUUACUGCCUGGCCGCGGUAAAAAAAAAAAAAAAAAAAAAAAAAAAAAAAAAAAAAAAAAAAAAAAAGGAAUAUCAGACUGGGUUAUAUUUUGGACCGAAAAAAUCUGCCUAAACUCGACAUAUUGGGUCAGAUCAAGUCUGAUCAAACUAGACAACGAUAGGUUUUUUAAGUCAUUUUAUUUUUUACUGUGUACCAGACUACCAGUGUAUAGCAGCAAAGUUCAAUGUUGACAGCUAAACAAGUUUACAAGCGUUACAUUUGCAUAUGAAAUUAGAUUAGUAUAAUUCAUGCUUUGUUAAUUUCAGUUU